GGCCCGGGCGGCGCGCUGUACGCGCAGGGCAGGAUCCCGCACGGCCCGGCUCUGGCUCCGACUCCCGGAAGUGCUUCCUGGGAGCGACACCCUGGCCACACACCUCACUGGUGGCGACCCGGCCCAGGGCCGAUCUGGGACCUCCCGGCACCCCCACGCCCGCGGGUCCUGGGACGGGCUUUCCGAAGCCUCAGCUUCUGCUCUCGAGAAAUGGGCGUAGUAACCGUGCCUGCAGGGGUCGCUGAGAAGGUCGCGACUCGGGCCGGGCAUGUGGGAAGCACAGGCCUGUGGGCGCCCGCUCCCUCCCCACCAGCCAUGGCCCUAGUCAGCAUCAACGAGCUCCCCGAGAACAUUCUGCUGGAGCUGUUCACGCACGUGCCCGCCCACCACCUACUUCUGCACUGCCGCCUGGUCUGCAGCCUCUGGCGAGACCUCAUUGACCUGGUGACGCUCUGGAAGCGCAAGUGCCUGCGGGACGGCUUCAUCACCAAGGACUGGGACCAGCCCGUGGCCGACUGGAAGAUCUUCUACUUCCUGUGCAGUCUCCGCCGGAACCUCCUGCGCAACCCAUGUGCUGAAGAGGAUAUGACAUCCUGGCAAAUUGACUCCAAUGGGGGAGACCACUGGAGGGUGGAGAGCCUCCCUGGAGACCAUGGGACAAAUUUUCCGGACUCCAAAGUCAAGAAGUACUUUGUCACAUCUUUUGAGAUGUGCCUCAAGUCCCAGCUGGUGGACCUCAAGGCCGAGGGCUACUGGGAGGAGCUGCUAGACACAUUCCGGCCUGAAAUCGAGGUUAAGGACUGGUUCGCUGCCAGGGCAGACUGUGGCUGUACCUACCACAUCCGAGUCCAGCUGGUCUCAGACAACUACAUCGUCCUGGCCUCCUUCGAGCCCCCGCCCGUGACUAUCGAUCAGUGGAACAAUGCCAAGUGGACUGAGGUCUCCCACACUUUCUCGGAUUACCCCUCAGGGGUCCGCCACAUCCUCUUCCAGCAUGGGGGCAAGGACACCCAAUUCUGGGCAGGCUGGUACGGGCCCCGCAUCACCAACAGCAGCAUCACUAUCAGCCCUAAGAUGACCAGGGACCCAGCCCCCUCCACAGCUCAGCCUGAGACCAUGCAGGGGCAGGAGAAGGCUGCCCGCCCGCCCUCCUCACUUCGUCUCCACAGGCCCUUCUGACAGUCUGUCAUCUGAUGGCCAUUCAUCCGUCCUCUGUCUGGGCCACCAACUUCCAAAGGUCCCCUCCAGCUGAGCCUGUCGUGGGCAGUGAGGGCCCCUGCCCCGGGAGCUCCUGCCCCAGUUCCAACCUUGGGCAAACCCACCACAGGGAGUUUGUGGUAACUCCCUGUCAUAUGCGCUGACAUUUUGUGACAAUAAAUGUUUUCAGUAAAACCA